AUGGCACUCUCCAUCUACGUCUUUGCUGGGGUACUGGGGCUUCUUCUUGCCCGCUUGCUGAGCCGGAAGAGAUGGAAUAUGCUGCCCGGUCCUCCUGGCCUGCCCAUAUUCGGAAACAUGCUGCAGCUUCCCAAGGAAUUUCUCCUUUGGAAGCUGACCGACUGGUCAAAAGAUUAUGGGCCGGUUUUUAGCUUGAACGUCGCGGGUCAGCCAUGGUUGAUCGUCAACAACUGGAAGACCGCAGCCGACAUCCUGGAUCGGCAUUGUGCAUCAACAUCCGAUCGGCCGCCAUCGAUCAAGACGCAAGAAUUUCUGUCAAGGGGUAACGCUAUGGCCGCUGAACCCCACGGACCGCUAUGGAGAUUGUUCAGAAAAGGCACACACGAGAGCCUCAAUAUACGGGCAUGUAAUGCCUAUUUCCCCAUGCAACAGGAAGAGGCUGCAAACACAGUUCGAGGCUUGAUCGAGCAUCCAGAGGUGCCCAUUGCAGUGCAUAUGAGUAGAACGGCCUCAUCGGUGGUCUGGCGGGUGCUGUAUGGCGGAAAUACCCUGGCUCUCAAUCAACCUCAUGACUCACAGCGGAUUGAGGAAACGAUGGAGUACCUUCUCAAGGCCGUUAUGCCGCUCAACUCCGUGGUGGAUCUUUUGCCGUUCUUGGCUCCGAUUAUACGAAACUCGAAAUGGCUGCGGAAGUCGGCUGACGCUUGGUACGAGGAAACGACGGGGAUCUUCAAUCGAUUUUACGACGCAGCCUGCAACUUGAAGUCAGACUCAUACAGGUCGACCUGCAAGAUAUUCCAGGAUAUGAUUGAGAAACAUGAGAUCACCAAAGUGCAGAGCUCAUGGUCGGCAGGCGCCCUCUUCAUGGCAGGUCAGGACACGACAGCAACGACGAUGCAAUGGUUCGUACAGGCAAUGAUGCUCUACCCUGAAGUGGCCAGGAAAGCUCAGGAAGAGUUGAACAAAGUCAUCCAGGCCGUUGGGAAGGAGGUGUUGAGAUGGCGACCUUCUGCCCCAGUUAGCAUUCCUCAUUGGUCCUCUGAGGAAUUUGAGUACAACGGGUAUGUCAUACCCAAAGACACUUUCAUCAUCGACAGUAUCUGGGGGAUCCUUCAUGAUCCUGAGUUAUUCCCGAACCCCUCUACGUUCGAUCCAAGCCGAUUCCUAGACAGCAAUGGCCAGAUCCGCAACCCUCCUCCAGACACGCACGACGACUUGCUUGGUUUCGGUCACGGUCGCCGCGUUUGUCCAGGGAAAGACCUCGCGAUGAACUCGCUCUUCAUUCUCAUUGCGACGCUCCUGUGGGCGCUCGACUUCAAGCUGCCUUUAGACGAGACUGGGAAGGAGAUUGCCCCGGACCCAAUGGGGAUGAUUGAUAUAGUUAUCGCAGUUCAUCCAAAGCCAUUCAAGAUCAAUCCAGUGCCCCGAUUUCCGGACGUGCUCGAGAGACUAUCCAGCGUGUAA